AUGGCGGCCUCUACAUAUCUAUCUGGCCCUUCCAAUGGCCUGGUAGAUAUCACAAGAAAAGUCAACAAGAUCAAGAAACGCCUAGUAGUCUGCUGCGAUGGAACUUGGUUCUCAGCCGACAAGGGGACAGUCAACAUGCCUUCAAACGUCGCCCGAAUCAGUCGUCUCAUCUCCAGCGAAGGGGAGAAAGCCUUUACCAACGACAAAGGUGAAACGGAAACUACUCCGGUUACACAAAUCAUCUAUUAUCAGAGCGGCGUUGGAACUGGGGAUGUCUCUUUCGUUGACAAAAGACUACAGGGCGGCAUGGGAUUCGGUCUCGACGAAAACGUUUGUACUGCAUAUAAUUUUAUUUGCAACAACUACGCCGAGGAUGAUGAGAUACUUCUUUUUGGUUUCUCCCGUGGUGCAUAUACAGCCCGAGCUCUUGCGGGCCUCGUAAUGGACGUCGGUAUCAUCCCACCCGGCGAAAUGACCAAAUUCCCAGAGAUGUAUGGAGAAUAUAAGAAGAGACAAGACCGUCAAGUAUUCCAGCUGAGUGAUUGGUUUAAACAAAACGGAGAUAUCGUUCUUUACCAGGACGUCAAAAUAUCCUUUGUUGGCGUAUGGGACACAGUCGGGGCGUUGGGAAUUCCAGAAAGUGGGAUUUCUAGUAUGACAGGAUGGAAUAAAGGUUAUCAGUUUUGGGACACAGAGCUCCACCCAAAUAUCGAAAAGGCAGCUCAUGCCCUUGCUCUGGACGAAUAUCGUGGACCUUUUACCCCGACACUUUGGUAUCAUAAGCAACAAGGAGACCAUGGCUGGAAUGCAAGAUUAAUCCAAUGCUGGUUUCCAGGCUUCCAUGGCCAUAUCGGUGGCGGUACUGUUACUGGUGCUGAUGUCAACCUAGACGAAACUUCGGUCGACGAUAUUGCUCUCGCCUGGAUGGUAGACCAAGUGGGCCAUCGCCUUACCUGGGAUGCAGUAGAGAUCGAAAGAUUUGUACUCUCGUAUCAACAGCAGAAGUAUAUCUGGGCGGAAGGGAACUUGGAAGACAGUGCGUCGAUUGCGUACUAUCCAAGUGUUAUGGGAGGAUGGAAGGAGAGGACGCCGGGAAGAUACAAUCACGAGAAAACAGAGGCUGAGAAAAAGAUCAGGAUUCGUGGGGUCCCUGCGUCAGAAUUCUGGGGAACCAACGAGUUUAUUCAUCCUUGCGUACGCUACCGUAUGGGACUCCUCAAUUGUAAAAAGCCCGAGGAUCUCGGGUACACGAAAGGUUACUUUGGUAAAACACCAAAGAAAGAAUAUAAACCUUGGGCAUUGAAGACAUUUGAGCUUCCGGCAAGACAGGCAAAGGAUGAUUUCUACUGGGAAUGGAGAUCGAGAGAUGAAGUGAAGGGAGACGUGGUAGUUCGCGAGUACCAGAUCCCCCCGACAUGGGCGCAAAAUUACCAUUGUUUGGGCUUGGAAAGACGUUUAGUGCCGCCAGAAAUUAUGAAAGAACUAGAUGAGGGGAAUAACUAUGGUGAGGCGGGGCCAAUCCAGUAG